CUCUCUCUCUCUCCUCUCUCAUUCAUUGUUUCGGUUGGAGAUUCAAUACACAGCACCACCCAACCGAGAAAACCAAAAAGGGAACACACUGCAUUCACGUAUUGACACACACACACACCGUUUCCAUUUUCUCGAUUUCUCGAUAAUCUUACAUCGAUUCUACUUUCCUUUCUCGUGCUUACUUCAACGUCUCUCCAAACUCUCCUUUUUCCCGUAUUAUUCGCCUUCAAGUUUCUCUUUCAUCAAUUUCCCAAACCCACCAAGAAACACAAAUCAAAAUCCCAUCUCCCUCUCUCCCCCUCUCGCUCGCAAGAAUGAAGAAUGCGUUUGAUUGCCCUAGAGGGUUUUUCGAUUUCCCAACUAAUUAGGUAUUACCAGACCAUCAACUUUUUCUGUAUUCAAUUUGGAUAUUCCUUUUUCGGUUUUGUUUUUGCGAUGUUAUUUUUUAAAAUUAAUGACUUUUGAGUUGAGUAAUGUUCUGAUCUCCUGCUGCAUUUGCCGAGCUUUGUGUAUUGUCUCGAUUUGGCGGCAAGGGGCCUAACGUCCUCACCAUGAUCUAGUGUUGUACAUCGCGCUAUUAAUUGCGCACUUUUCGGUUUGCGAGCUUCACACUGUCACACUGGUCCCAGAUCAGGGUUUCUCUGACCAAUUGGUUUCUGUAUGUUGGAUUUUAGGAUAAGAAUUGAUUCGUGCUGUUUGAGAUUAUGGGUUUUGUUUGUAAUGUUCUUUGCAUAUAAAGGAUAUGAAUAUCAUAUAUAUUGUUCAGUGGUUUUGGCCUCGAAUCUGAACUGUGUGUGCUGUGUGAUGACUAGGCAUGUCUAUGCCGAGAGAGGUAGAUAUUAGUUACUUUCAGUAAACAUAGGUGGUCCUUAUUUGCGUUGCUCAUUGUUACAUUUAUUCAUCUCCCCAGUGCGUGUUAUAGUUCUAGACCCACACAGUUGCAUCCCUUUAAUUAAUGCAACUUGAAUUUGUGAACUUCCUUUAUAUGCAUUGACUAUAUAGUUUAUCGAGAAUUCAGGUGAAUGCUGCAUACUCUUCAAAUAAGCUCUUGAAAGCAACCACACAAGUGACUUCUCCAUGUCUAAAUUUUAAAUGUUUUAUAGGUCUUCUUACAAGACAGGAAAUAUGGCAUUUACGCCACCCUGUCUCUGCUGGCUCUCACAUUUUAAAUUUCAUCUCAAAUUAGGUAAAAUAGUUUCUCUGUGUUUGCUUCAAUUUGAAAGGUUGGUGCUUGUCUUUUCAUUUGCUAACUUCGAGUGUUAAUGCACAUUAUUGGCGUUAAUACCAUCUUUUCCCUGUUGUUGUUUGAGGUUAUUAUAAGCACGUACAUAUUUAUUCGUUAUGUAGGUGCAUGGUGUGUCUUUCCAUAGGAGCCAGAGUAUUAUCAAGUUCUACAUGGUCCACUAAUUCAGAGUGAUGGGGCGUUCUUUAAGAACUGUUGGGACACUUAAAGCUUAUCAAAACCAGGCUGGUGUGCUGGUCAAAAACUAUGUACUAGCGGAUCCUUACAUUCCAUACACUUCUAUUGUUCUUGGAAUGUUGACUUGCAAAUUGGCCUACGAUCUAUGUCAGCUCAUCAGCACUUUUUAUUCCAGAAAUUAUAAUGCCCUUACUAAGAUACAAAGGAUGGAGUGGAAUAACCGUGGCAUUUCCACUCUCCAUGCGGUUUUUAUUUCGAUUAUGUCUUUGUACUUUGUAUUCUGGUCUGAACUUUUCUCUGAUCAAAAUCAUUCUGGAUUAGUUACAUUCAGAAAUUCAUCUAUCUCAACAUUUGCACUUGGGCUCUCUGUUGGCUACUUCUUGUCAGAUCUUGGAAUGAUCUGUUGGCGGUAUCCUUCUUUGGGUGGACCUGAGUAUGUUCUCCAUCACUCAAUUUCGGCAAUUGCAGUUGCAUAUGCCAUGUACAUGGGGGAGGGACAGCUUUACACAUUUAUGGUUCUGAUAUCUGAGAUAACAACACCUUGGAUCAAUAUUAGAUGGUAUCUUGAUGUAUCUGGAUUGAAGAGAUCCACUGCAUAUCUUAUCAAUGGAGUCGUCAUAUUUUUUAGUUGGUUGGUGGCAAGAAUUCUUUUGUUUGGUUACAUGUUCUACCACGUCUAUCUUCAUCACGACCAGGUGAUGCAGAUGCACACUGCUGGUUUUCUUCUGGUGUUUGUCGUACCUGUGGCACUCGCGAUCAUGAACUUGAUGUGGUUCGGGAAGAUCCUCAAGGGUUUGAAGAAGACCUUAUUGAAAAAAAAAUGACAAUUACAAUGCUGUAGAUAUCCCCAGCAUUUGUGCGAUUAAGAUUCGGAUUCCGAGGGAAAGAGGCGAAUUCAACAACAUACACGAUAGCGGAUAGAUUUCACACUUGAUGCUGGAAAUCAACAUGCUAUCAAUACUUCCAACAGACCACACUCUUUGUGUCUAAAGACAGAAGAUGAUAUGAUUCUCUACUUUAGCUCUUCAUCUUGUAAAGAGGCUUAUCUUUAGCAGGGAAAACAGAGCUGUGGGGAAAGAAAGUAAAGAGCACUUUUCUAUAUGUACUUCUCUGUCUAUAUUAGAGUUACGUUUUGUCC